CAUGUAGCUCAAUGUAGGCCAGUUUACGUGUUCUGUCUAAAAGAUAAUUGUCGUCAAAACGAUUUUGAAGGCAAAAUAGGUACCCACAAUAUAUAUCACAGAAAGGCCCACUAGAGAAGAAAAGAAAAAUCAACAUAUUCUCCGAAUCGUCGUCGUUUCCAAUCGAAAAAGGUGACAAUUUUUUUGUAACUGAAAAGUAAUUGGGAUUUUUUUAUUGUGAUUUUCUCGUUUAAAACGUCAAUAGAAAGAACGAAAUUCGUUGUUGCGGUUGUUUCAUUUUUUUUGUGUGUGUGUAUGCGUGUUUUUUUUUAAGUUUCGUCAAUCAAAAAGAAAUAAGAAGGAUAAAAAAAUUGUAGUGAUUUUGUUAUUAAUUUGGCGACCACGACAAAAAGGAAAAACGCCAGAAAUUCAAUUAUCCCGUCAAUAAUUUAAUAUCUUUUUCUUGCGGCCAUCCCCGCAAAUGCAAAUGGCAAAUUCGGUGACAAUGUUGGUUGAGUGGAAUUAGUGACCGAAAAUAAAAAACGACAACGGAUUAACACAAAUCAAAAGCCGUUUGCGAAAUAAAGCAAAUUGUGAGAAGAAGAUUAAGAGAGAAGGAGAGAAGGAGCAACGUUUUCUUUUUUUUCAAUUAAGGAGACAGAUUGAAUUGUGCAAACAAAAGCCGAGCAACAAAAAUACACAACAUUAGCCGAAUUAUCAAAGAAAUACCUAGUGAUUAAAUAUGUCGUAUCAAAAUCAACAAAUGCCAAGUCAACAUACGCCAUCGUCCGUGCCCGUGCAGCAACCGCAAGGUCCGCCAGUGAUGAAUAGUGUGAAUAGUUUUCCGAAUGGUCCAAUGUAUCCAGCUGGUUUGAAGCAACAAUACCUACCACCGCAAAUACACACAAACGGUUUGGAUAAUUCACGAAAUGUGUCGCCAGCACUGAGUCAGCCAUUAAAUGCAGCCCAUUUACCUCCAGCCACAUCAAAUCAACAACGGCCAAAUUUGUAUGGGUCCACAACGGUGCCGUCGGGUGGUUUGAAUGCAAAACCACCAUCAUUAGCACCAGCGUCAAUAGCAAACGUAUCGGCACCGCCUCAAAUUCAACCAGCAGCAACACAGUCGAGGCCAGCCUUUGUGCCACCACCCACAUCAAUAUCUAGUCAGAAUUACUAUCAAAAUCCGUCAGCUGCCAAAUUGUCGCCAUCGGUCGGCGCACCCAUUGUUUCGGCACCCGGUCCUCAACCAAAUACAUUGACGCCCGCGGAUAAAGUGGCCACAAAUCUACAGAAUUUACACUUGAAUAAUGGCAACGGCAUACAGAGUACCACACAAUCCAAUCCGUACAAUCAACUAUUGAUUGGUAGUUCGCCACAAAUUAACACGGCCAAUCGACUAACCAACGGCAAUAUAACAACACAACCACAAUUGUCACCGAUACCGGGCGCAAUAAAUGUACCACCACCAAAAAUCCAAACACCCAAUGUAGCACCACCACCAUUGACAAACUCAUUUGCUGGCCAACCAAAUCAAAUUCCAUUGCUUCAACAACAGAAACAACCACCACAACAACAGCCACCACUGAACCAUCAACAGCAGCAGCCGCAACAACAGUAUCAGCCUCAAUUCAAUGGCCUACCCGGAACCGGUCCAAUGCCUAAUAAAUUUCCAUCAACUCAACAACCGAUUGUGCCACCACAGCCACAACCCCAAACACAGUUCAAGAGUGCAGCCGUUCCGAAUUUAGUAUCAAACUCAACCAUUGGAAAACGACCCCUCUAUCCAGCCACACAGCAACCACAGCAACAGCAGCAAUCACCACUACUCAUGAAUAAUGUCACCAAUUCCGCAUACAAUCAAUAUCAACAGCCUCCAAUGCCACAGAACUAUCCACAAUCAAUGCCUCCGACACCACUCAACAAUCAGGCGUAUGCACAGCAACAGCAACAGCAACAGCAACACCAACCACAACCGUAUGGAAAUAAUGUCGUACAACGCGGAUUCGAUAGCAUGUGGGGCCAUAACACCCUUGACCUAAUGCAACAUCGACACAUUCUACCAACAAUACCAGUCGAACCGCCAAAAAUUACACUCGAACACCAAUUCUAUGAAUCAGUCAAUUGUAGCCCAGACAUUUUCCGAUGUACGCUCACCAAAAUUCCCGAAAGCAAUGCUCUGUUGCAAAAAUCAAGGCUUCCAUUGGGCAUUUUGAUACAUCCAUUCAGGGAUCUAAACAAUUUGCCGGUAAUUCAAUGUUCAACAAUUGUGCGGUGUCGUUCAUGCCGAACGUACAUCAAUCCAUUCGUCUACUUUGUCGACAGCAAGAAAUGGAAAUGCAACCUUUGUUUCCGAAUCAAUGAACUGCCUGAAGAGUUCCAAUACGAUCCGGUGAGUAAGUCAUAUGGUGAUGUAACGCGACGGCCUGAAGUCAAAUCCAGUACCAUUGAGUUCAUCGCUCCAUCGGAAUACAUGUUGCGACCACCGCAGCCGGCAAUUUAUUUGUUCCUAUUGGAUGUGUCGUUGAUAGCUCAACAAUCGGGCUAUUUGCGUUGUGUUUGCGAAUCGUUGGCCGAACACCUGGACACGAUGCCGGGCGAUGCUCGAACGCAAGUCGGUUUUGUUGCAUACAAUAGUGCCGUACAUUUCUAUAGCCUAGCGGAGGGUUUUACUCAGCCGCAUGAAAUCACCGUUGUUGAUAUUGAUGAUCCAUUUAUACCGUGUCCCGAUAAUUUACUCAUUAACUUGAACGAAUGCAAAGAUCUAAUCAAAGAUUUACUGACAAAAUUGCCACAACGUUUUGCCCACACGCACGACAGCAAUUCGGCACUGGGCGCAGCACUUCAAGUUGCAUACAAAUUGAUGCAAGCGACUGGCGGUCGUGUGACUGUGUUUCAAACGUGUUUGCCAAAUGUUGGACCGGGUGCCCUACAAUCACGUGAAAAUCCAAACGAACGUUCAGCCAAAGAGAUUCAACAUCUUGGGCCAGCCACCGAUUUUUACAAACGACACGCUCUCGAAUGCUCUGGCCAACAAAUUGCAGUCGAUUUAUUCUUGAUGAACAGCCAAUACAGUGAUCUAGCGACGAUUUCUGGAAUAAGUAAAUUUAGCGGCGGUUGUAUCCACCACUUCCCAUUGUUUAAUGCGGCCAAGCCGCAGCAAGUGGAUGCAUUCAAGCGUUGCUUCGAGCGUUAUCUAACGCGAAAAAUUGGCUUUGAAUCGGUGAUGCGCAUACGAUGCACACGAGGCCUCACAAUCCAUACAUUCCACGGCAAUUUCUUUGUGAGAUCCACCGAUUUAUUGUCACUUCCAAAUGUUAAUCCGGAUGCUGGCUACGGCAUGCAAAUUUCAUACGAGGAAAAUCUGGGCGAAAGUAAAACGGUAUGCUUCCAAGCUGCGCUACUGUACACGAGCAGCAAAGGUGAACGACGGAUUCGUGUGCACACACUGUGUUUGCCGAUCACAAAUUGCUUGGCAGAUGUCAUUUAUUCGGCCGAUGCACAGGCAAUCAUUGGUUUGAUAUCGAAAAUGGCUGUUGAUCGGUCGCUUCAAUCGAGUAUCGCUGAUGCACGCGAUGCCUUUGUCAAUGCCAGUUGUGAUAUUUUCAGUGCAUUUCAUACAGCCCAAAAUAUUAAAUCGAUGAAUAGCCAAUUGGUUGCACCGACCAAUUUAACACUGUUACCCUUGUACAUGCUCGCUCUACUCAAGCACACCGCAUUUCGUACGGGUACCAGCACACGUCUCGAUGAUCGCGUCUUUGCCAUGUGCGAACUCAAAACAUUACCGCUCGAUCAACUCAUUCGAUACAUUUACCCCGAUUUGUAUCACUUGGAUUGCCUGUUCAGUGAAAACAACAACGAAACCACGGCAGACGAUUCAAAUGGCGAACGACCCGAUCCACCAUUGCUUCAACUAUCGGCUGAACAUUUGAAGUCACGGUCAAUGUUCUUACUUGAUUGCGGGACAAACAUUUUACUCUUGGUCGGAUCUAAUGUGCCACCCACAAUUCUACAAAACGUUUUCGGCGUUUCAUCGGUUAAUGAAAUCCCAGACUUGUGCUUCGAUCUACCAAAUACAAGAACCCCCGAUUGCGAAAAUUUAUACUCGUUCCUGGAGGCAAUCAACGUGGAAAAACCAUACACACCGCCAAUUCAAAUUAUUAGAGAUAAUAGUCCGUAUCGUAGCAUGUUCAUCGAGAAAUUAGUGGACGAUCGAAGCGAAAGUAGUUUAUCGUAUUAUGAAUUUUUGCAACACUUACGAACUCAAGUGAAAUAAGAAAGGCUAAGCUAAUCAAAUUGUAUGUUAUAAAAAAGUAGCAGGAAAAAAACCAAGAACGAAGAAGAAGAAGAAGCAGAAAAAGAAUGCUGUUCAACAGUUGAUUUUUGUUCAUUAUUACUAUUAUAAUUAUUUGUACGUCGGCGUAGCGGUGAUAGCAAAAUAGUAGAUCCAAAAUAAUGGAGGCAAAAAAGGAAGAGUGAAUUGUUUAAAUAAAAAGCGAGAGUUCGAAGACCGUUGAAUUAUAUGUAUAAAAAUAAAAAUGAAAACUUUAAGUAUAUUUUGUAUCUUCUAAAACAAAACAGAAACACAGAAAAUUAGCAUGAAAUUAGUAACGAAGAAGAGGAAAAAAAAAACAUUGAUCGAAAUAUAUUAAGUAGGAAAAACAAACAAAUAUGAAACCAAUAAAAAAAAUUACGAUUGAAAUGGGAAACCAAGUA